GGCGCUCUGUUACAUUAACGACGCGCUCCCAUUUUGACGCGCGGCGGCGCUGCAGUUGCAUUUCAAAGUUGGGCUGUGUAUUUCUGACUUUUCAUUUUCCAAAGUUUCCCGGGCGAUGCACGUGGCAUUGCCGCUACCUGACCGCUUGGAACAGCGUGAGAGUUCCGGUUAGCACCUUGGUCCACUGGAUGUGGUGCUUAACCCAAACCAACCAACCAACCAUUUUCCAAAGUUGGGUCGAAGAAAAAGAAGGCCUUUAAACAUAUUGAAAUGCAGCAUGGCGUGUCUUGCCUUUCGAGAUGAGGAUUUGUAGUUGUUAUUCUAAUAGCAUAUAAGUGACAGGGCAAUGUUGUAAGGCCGGCGGAGGGCCGUGUGAGGGAGGAUGCCCAAGUUUCCGCGCGCCACCGGCCGGGUGACGCUCUACCCGUACGACCGGCAGUACGGCUGGAGGCCCACGCUCGGCGACCAGGACGCCAUCUCGUCCCGGCUCUACUCGCGUGUGGCACCUGUGGCGACAUAUGAAGAUUUCAAGGGAUCUGGUGGAGCCGUCUUUAACUUGGAAUUCUCCAAGGAUGGGAAGGUGCUGGUGGCGGCCUGCGAGCGGCGCUGUGUGCUUCUGUUCGACACGCUCACGCGCCGGAACGUGCACACCGUGGAGGAAGCGCAUCAGGGAUACGUCAACUGCGUCAAGUUCCUGGACUGUCGCAUGUUCGCCUCGUGCUCGGACGAUAAGACGGUGGCCAUCUGGGACGUGCGCAAUCUGCGCCAGAAGGUGCACUGUCUGGAGGCGCACAGCAACUGGGUGAAGAACAUCGAGUACCUGCCGCACAAGAGCCUGCUGGUCACGUCCGGCUUCGACGGCAGCAUCUACACCUGGAAUCUGAACAACGUCGGAGGCUCGGAGCAGCGGACGCAAAACACACGGGUACUGCACACCAACGGCCUGAUGCGCACCAGUCUGACACCCGACUUCAGCAAGCUGGUGAUCUGCACCAACAACGGCUACCUGAUGGUGGUGCACGACGUCGACUUCGACACCAUGCAGGAAGACCUGCGGGGCUUCAAGCCGAGCCUGUAUAAACUGAUGCAGAUCAGUAAGACGCCGUUCCCUGCGGCUGCCCGCUACACGCACCUGUUUGAUACGUCUCGACGGCGCAACCGGAUCGAGUUCAUCACAGACUUCCCGGAAGGAAACGAGGCAGAGAUGAUCGCCUCGCUGGCGAUGCACCCGCUCGGCUGGUGUGUGGCCAGCCGCAACACGAGCAGCGAGGAGGCCUCCGAGUGGACGUGCGUGCACGACAUCCAGGACGAGCGGCUGCGGCCCGGAGACGACGACGCGGAUCCGGACUCGUCCGGAGAUCCGCCGGAGCCGGAGCUGCCUCCGCCGCCGCCUCCGCCGCCGCCAGAGCAGCUGGCCGACGACGAGCGGUCGCGGCGGCCGGCGGCCAGCAGCCCGGACCCGCUGCGGGAGCUGCAGGACAUCUCCCAGUCGACCGGCUCGCUGUUCACGAUCCGCGUCAACGGCCGGCGGCCGGACGGAGAGGCCGAGCCCGAAGAGCCGGGUGCCGGCGACACGGCCCGACGGCGGCCGCUCAUGCAGAUCCGCUUCAAUGCCACGCUGCGCCACGGCGCCGGCGAGCCCAGUCUGAUCCACGAGCUGGCCGGCCGCAGCAUCGAGCUGCGCGCGCCCUCGGCAGACGUGGUCGAGGCGCUCGAGAUCAUCCGCGAGCACCGGCGCCGCCAGCGCGCGCUCGAGCGCGGCGAGUCGCCCGAUGUCGGCGGCGACGCUCAGGGUCCGUUCAUCAUCCGCGCCGGUCCGAGUCGGCACGGCGGCGGCGCCGACUCGGUGUUCCUGAUCGGCUCCCAGGCGCGCGCGAGGGAGCGCUACCGCCAGGUGGACCUGAGCCACCAGAUCGCGCAGAACCGGCCGCGCCUGACGCGCUACAUCGAGGAGCCCAACCUGCGACUGACGCACGGCUUCAUCAAGGAGCUGUGCUUCAGCGCCGACGGCCGGCUGCUCUGCUCCCCGUUUGGCCACGGCGUGCGGCUGCUGGCCUUCAGCGAGACGGGCCAGGAGCUGAGCACGUGCUGGGCGCCGCCGGCGCGGCCGCUGCACGAGCUGGCCGCCACCUCGUCCCACAAGCGCGCUGUGGUGACGGCCAAGUUCUCGCCGUGCGAGUGUCUGCUGGUGACGGGCUGUCUGGGCGGCAGCGUGGUCUGGCACCAGCCGCGCCUGGUGUGAGUCGCCGCGCCGCCCCGCGAGCCCUUCUGUGAUAGACGCCUGCCGCCGCCGCCGCACGCGGCGGCUUCACGGACAGCCGGUGCUGGUCGGACGGCCGUGAGGGUCGGGCCGGUACCUCAGUCUGCCCGCUCCGCCGGUGCGCCCGCGUGUCGUUUUUGUUUACUGUGGCGAGUCUGUUUCGCCCGUGCCGGUUUAUGGCCUCUGUCUGGCCAGCCGCCCCAGAGGCGGACACGGUAAAACUACGCCGUCUCAACCGGCCCAGAGUCGGAGUGUGGACGACUGUGCUGUCCUGGCCGCCAGAGGCUGACUGUGGGCGGCUGCGUCCGUGUGGGUGUGUCGGUGUAUUUGUAUGUUUGUUGUGGGACACGCGUCGGGUGGAAGCCGUAUACUGUUUGUUUGUGAAGACAAUAAUGUUCCCGCACGCGCCGCCCGACUCAUGAUGUGCGAUCCCCGACGAUCUUCCAUGUUCUUUAGCUCAAAUAAAACGAUCAUAAUUGA